UAAGAACAAGGCUUAUCAAACGCGCCCGGAUCGCCGUUCGCCAACGCUUACAAUGACGGAGCCAACAGUGAUCGUCCGCGCGGGCCGCACCGCCCGCUGCACCGACGUCCGCAAGACCCGGUCGCCGGUCAUCGCCACGCAGCCGCCGCCUACGGAGCGCCGAAGCCAACGUCCGAGAGAAGAUGACGUCGUCGUCACUGUAGCCGAAGAACAGGAGGCCCGGAACGAGGCCGGUCCUGAGGGCGUCCCCGAGACAACCGUCGCAGCGACGGCAGCGCCUUCUCUUUCCGCUCCCGUUCCGCAGCAGCAGCAACGCAGGGUGCGCAAGCAGGCAACGCGCAUCGCCCACCGCCUACGGCAGCAACAUGAACGCCGAGAAGCGGCGCUUCCCCGCGUCGUCGAAGCGGGUUUCGCUGACCGACCCCCGCCCGGCGAGUCUUCUGCGAGUGCCCCGGGAUUCACGUGGGUGCUGUCCUCGCUGGCCGGUGCCUUCGUAACUGUCUCCGUCCUCAUCGGCGUGGUUGGCUUCUUCGUCGUCAACAUUCCCGGUGAUGAACACCGCCUCGAGACUGUUGGUGGAACGGACCGCGACCGCACGCAGCCAUCAGACUCGGGCUGGUCAGCAGCGGCCGGCAGGGACGGCGUCCGCACGUCGGUUGUGUGCUACUGGAACUCCUCCAGCCUGCUGCGGGCAGCGCCCAAGGACUACGACCUGGGAAAGCUGUGCGCCCACUGCUGCACCCACCUCGUCUACAUGACCGCCCAGCUGAACCCCGACGGACAGCAGCUGCGGUUCCCCGAAGACGACACCGGGCUCAAGUCGGUGCGCGACAUGGACGCGUUGAAGACGAGCCACCCGCAGUUGAAGCUCGUGCUCUCCCUGCGGUUGGAGGGAUCUGGGGUGCACAACCUAACCGUCGGCGCUGAGGCGCCGUCCAUGCGCAUCCAGCUCGCCGAACGCGUGGGCCACUGGCUGUCCGAGUUCAACUUCGACGGCAUCGAGAUCGACUGGGACCGGCUGCCGGUUGACCUCAAACCCAUCUACGUGGACUUCGUCAGGGCGAUGCGUAUCGAGAUGAAGAAGGUCCGCCUGCUGACCCUAGUCAGCGUCCACAUGAAGUGGGGGCCUUCGUACGACGUGGAAGCCCUUCACGGCUUGAGCGACCUGCUGAUCGUGCACGCGUACUCCAAGGAGGACGCCCCCAAGACCGCCGUACCGCCGAUCAUCUUCAAGGAAGACCUGGUGGAGGCGUGCGAGGCGUUUCUGGGAGACCUACGGUCGCGACAACGGGUGGCCCUGGCGUUGCCCCUGUUCGGUUACGCCUACAGGCUACGAAAUAGCGCGCGGUACGAGCUGCGCGCCGCAGUCCGGGGUCCAGCACCUCCGGGACCGUACACCGACGAGCGGGGGCUACUCGCCUAUUUCGAGAUCUGCCUGGAGUUCAGCUCCGACCUGUGGGUUUCGCUGUACGACAAGGAAGCUGACUGCAAGAUCGCCGUCAACAGGGACAAGGGGCAGUGGAUCGGAUACGACAACAAGGCCACCAUUCUCAACAAGGUGCUGUUCGCCAAGCGCAUGCGCAUGGGCGGCAUCGCCGUGGUGACCGUCGACAUGGACGAUUACAACGGCGACUGCGGUCAGCGCAAUGUGCUGCUCGGUCAGCUGCACAACGCACUCAAUGAACUUGACCGGCCAAUCAAGCGGCUAUCGGCCAAUCUCAGCUUGCCCCCGCAAGCGCCGACCACUGGUGCCGCCGGGUCCAGCAAGGGGACCACGGUGAACGCCUGACGUCCGCUAGGCCUGACGGACGUCGCUAAGCCUAACACCUCCAAGUGCGGGAGAGAUUUUCCAAUUUUAUUGCGCGUGCUUCCAGGCAAGAAAACACGUGUGAAGAAUGUGCAUAAAUUAAAAUGAACCCAUGGCGUACUAUGACUUAUGCCACACAAUUACUAUUUAAUUGUUUCAAUUCACAUGCAAUUGUCACCAUGUUGGGAAGAGAUAGCUGAAAGCGACAUUUUGGAGCAGUUUCUCAAUGUCAUGACAAGAUAUAGCACAUGAAUGCAAUGCUAUAUGCAUCCGUGAAACUAUUUGUUAACACAGAGUGCUCUGAAAACGUUCACGAUCUUGGCAUAUGCAGCGACACCAAACUAUGUGCAAUGCUGUGGAAGAAGUUUGGUAAUCGGAAUAUAUCUCUUUGGUCAAGUUGCAUGGUCGCACAUGUUCGUGCGAGCCUACGUGCGAGGCUGCCGCAAUGGGCUGUAAAUGGAAAACCUAAAAGGGAAAAACAAUGAAAAGCUGAAUUAUACAAAACAACAGAUUAAGUCAUAUAACACAGUUUGUUCGUCCUUACGGAUAACUUUUUUUUUUCAUUUAUCAACAAGCCUAAAUAAAAACCAAUUACAUAUAAUUGCAGUGCAAAUGCAGCUACUGCAAGAAAUCUUGCUUCCACAGCAUUUCACGCUGUGUGCGAAAUGGAGUUUGG